GGAGUACUCCAUCUCUGAGGACUACAAAGUGCCUGAAACGCCAUUCAGGAGAGACGUCUCCGCGCAGUCCCAGUCAACAGAAACAACAACAGCAAUCGUGCGGCGCGUGGCAACAGCACCACUUAUUAUUAUGUGUGACGGCGGCUCCUCAAAGUUCAAGUCAAGGUAUCAGCACUACACACCUGCACGGGACUACCACUCAAAUUUUGUUGGGCUCAUUUUGCGUAAUGUACAGCUACCCUCUGAAAAAUAUGGCACGGUAUUUCUUGCCAAAACUGGACCUGUUCUGUCCUAUCGACUGGAUCCAAAUGAGUUGCGCAUGCUGGUUGAUUACAAUAAACCAACUUUACCUGAUUUGGGGCAACAAAGUAAAUGGCUUAUUGAAGAAGUGGCACCCGGUCUUCCGGCAGAGAUGCGUUCCGAAUUUAUUCGCGCUGCAAAGGAUACAAGUCGCAUUCGUUCCAUGCCUGUGGCACAUUACCCUGCAACAUUUCCGUCAAUCAGAGGCUAUGUGGGCCUGGGAGAUCAUGCGAAUCAGCGUCAUCCACUCACUGGUGGUGGUAUGACAUGUGCAUUUAAUGAUGUACUUCGUUUGGCAAAGAGUCUUGCCGUCAUUCCAAGACUGCGGGGCAAUGACGUUAAUGAUAUGGCGGAAAUUGAGGAUCGAAUUCAAAAAGCGAUAUUGCAGUAUUCGCAAAAACGCUUCUUACACUGUGGCUCCAUCAACAUUCUCUCUUGGGCCCUUUAUGCUGUGUUCCAGAGUCCCCCUCUGCGUGAUGCAUGCCUUGAUUACUUUAUGCUUGGAGGCGACUGUGUGGAUGGCCCCAUUUCACUGCUCUCUGGAAUGGAACUCAGCUCAUUAACUCUGCUGUUUCAUUACUACCGUGUGAUGAUCUUUUAUCUCCUUAACACGGUUACAUGCACUGGUGCGUACAGUUGUCGCGAUGAGAAAAAACCCAGUUUCUCCCAAAAAUGCUUUAAUGCGGCCAUUUUCUUGGUGAACCCCUUCCGUCUUGCUGGGGCCCUUCGCAUCCUUCUCAGUGCCACUCUGGUGUUUGCACCCUUGGUGUAUUACGAAUUUGUCUCGCUGUGGAUUCUGAUGGAUCCUACAGGUGUUUUCCCCAACAUGGCGAGGAAGAUGAAGAUUCUGUUGUACCGGGUCCUUUUUGACGGGAAACACCGAAAACCAGUGGGUAUAUAG